AUGGGUUUAGACAAAUUAAGGGAGUUUGUUGUGAAUUUACCGUCGAAAUUGGAGUUCAGCCAUCCGACGGCAGUUCGCCAAAACUUAUUCAAAGCGCUAUACUAUGCUGCUACGAAUGAAGGAAUAUAUUUGAAAGAUUUAUUCCCUAUGAUUGAUGAGGAAGAGGUAGAUUCAUUGAAAGAUUACUCGUUCGCUAUAACAGAGAUUAUAGAAAGAAAGCCAUUUUUUAACAAAAAGUUAAAGUCUUCGUACAGCCAUCCAGCAGAUAAAGCAUGCGCCAGAUCAUUCAAGAAAGGAGAACCAGUGUAUAGGUGUGAACAGUGUGGAUUUGAUGAUACGUGUGUAUUAUGUGUUCAUUGCUUCAAUAAGGACGAUCAUGUUGAUCAUAAUGUAUAUAUGUACUUAUCACAAGGAGAUAAUGGUGGAAUAUGUGACUGUGGCGACCCGGAAGCUUUUGUGAAUCCACUUACUUGCAAAUGCCAAGUAGGUGAAGAAAAUGAUACAGAUGGCGAUAGAAUAUCUUCAGAUUUUGCAGAGGCCUUACGGGAGACCAUAAAAAUUUGUCUUGACUAUAUUUUGGAUGUGACCAAUUUUUCAGUACAAACAUUGCCAUACAUACAUGACCGCAUCAAUGAAAGUGGUAGUAAAUUCACAUCUAAAUUUUUAUCUGACUAUUCGACAUUACCGAGUGAAAGAUAUGGUGGUGCUACAGAUAAUAAUUCUGAUUCGUUGUGGUAUUUGAUAUUGUGGAAUGAUGAGCACCAUGACUUUCCUAGUGCUACCAAAGCGAUCAAGGCUGCAGUUGGUGUGAACUACUCUCGAGCUCAUGAAAUUGCAUCGGAUAUUAAUGCGUCUGGUAGAUGUGUUUUACGGGAGAGUAAAGACUAUACUGAGUUACUUAGGUAUCAGAAAUUAGCAGAGGUAGAUGGCUUAGUUGCCACUAUAACCAGUGCAAGAGACUAUAUGAGAGAAACCAUUGUUCAAUAUAUGUUUAAUUGGUUAGUUGAUAUUACAGAAUUCGCAGGCCAUGUUGAAUUCCGUGAACUGAGUAAACAAUAUCUAGCUGAUCUACUUUUAGAGCCUGGAUUCGAAUUUGCUAAGAACUUUCCUACAAUGAUCAUUACUGAGUUUCUUGAUUCUGGAUACAAAGAGACAACAGAAGAAACUCUCAAAAUGUUAUUUGAAAAUGGUAUGUUGAUAGAUGGACAGUUCGUUAAUUACGGGAAAACCAGUGUGAAGCCAUCUCUAGAAAUGGCUAGCUAUAAGUCAACAACAUCUGGGAUAUUGACACCUGAUUCAAGACUUAAUAAGCAACAAAAUUCUAGACUACAAUUCUUGUUGGAUUUUGAAAUCAGAUUCAAUUGCGUUAUAAGAAAAAAGCUACCAGCGUUGAUUAUUCCCCCAAUACUCGCAAAUACAAGGAUGAAAGAAGUAUUCUGUGAUCAGCUCGUAUCUAUAUACCCACAAUUAAUUACAAGUAUGGCACUUUCAGAUCGUGAAGAUCACUUGAAUUCAUUAUGUGAGAUAACUACUCAACUAUUCACGUGUCCAACUAGUGUUCUGAAGAUCUUAAGAGAUGGUAAGGUUGGUUUUAUACUAGGCCCUGUUACUGAUAUUAUAGAAAAGCAUUCUUCAGAGUGGAACAUGUAUACUCUAUUACCCAACUUUGUUGAAAUUGGAAGGGGGCAUCCAUUAACAUAUAGAGCCAAGAAAAGAGCUAUCAUUAGAGGUAUUCGUGAUAUUUGCUAUCUAGUCGACAAAAACCUCGAAGUUAACAAGCUUGACUAUUUUCUUACGCAUAAUAACCUUGUCAUGUUAUUACUUUUCUUGAGAAACUUUCAAGGAUAUUGGACUAUUGAAAGAAAGUAUGGUGAGCAUGUGGAAAGGGAACUUUUGGAUUUUGUCGUUCACCUAGAAUAUUCAGUUCCUAUUCUUAACAUUACUAAAUUUAUAUCAAGUUGUAAGAGUUCAAACAUACAGCUAAUUAGAGAGGGUGUCAAGUUUAUUACUGAUUACUUGUGUCUCCGAGAAACUAUAUGGAAUGCUCCAGGUAUUACAGAUUUUCGUGUAAGUAAACAACCCGUUUCGUUUGUGCAUCCGGUGAAUUCUUUUUUGUCAUACUUGUUGCAAUAUCAAGGAUUUGAAGAUCUUCAAGAUAUUUUUAUGCUGUUGAAGGGGCCAUUCGUACAGAUAUCAGAUGUAUCAUUAAGAAGUAUAGUACUAGGCGCGCAAGUCAAAAUUGGAUUUUGGAUCAGAAACGGUAUUUCAGUAUCAAGGCAAGCAUCGUUAUAUACUGAUUCCUUAAUGAGUGAUUUGGCUUAUUUCCGUGAUUGCCAUUUGAAUCAACUAGCUGCCAUAUUCGACGAUCCAAGAGCUACUUUGUUUAACUUUUUAGAUAGAUGGGAACUUUUGCCAUGGUAUUUGAAUGAGGUCGAUCAUGAUAGAACAGUGUAUGAGGAUAGAUUUAAUUCUAUUUCUGAAAAGUUCAUCGUAUUCAUUUAUAAUUUGAUCACAGAUAGAACAAACUUCAUUAAGUUGACGGCUGAGGAAAGGAUCUUGCAUAAGGCUAGACAGGCAAUAUGUUAUGCGUUGAGUGAUGAACCAAGAAGUUAUUCUUCCUUACGAAGUGAAGUAGAUAUUGAAGUUAGUGAACUUCCCCAAUUUGAUGAUUUAUUGAAUGAAUGUGCAGACUAUCAGCCACCAACUGGUUUGAUUGAUUCGGGAAUAUAUAGAUUGAAAUCCAGUUACUUUGAAAAGUUAGACCCUUUGAGUUUGCAUUUGGAUACAAGUCAAUUCCAAACCGUAUCUGAAUACUUAAUAAAAAAUAUAGCAAUGGAACAAAAUAUAAAGGAAGAAAAGGUAGUAUUAAUACCUCAUAUAACAGAAUUGGAGAAUGAUUUGGUUAAUAGAAAGCUAGCAGGAUUCACGAAGACAAAAGAUUUCGCUAAAUUGAUGUAUAAAUAUUUGCAAGUAUCAAUUGACACAUGUGAUGAAACAUAUUUACCACAUUUAUUGCAUUUGAUUCAUGCAGUUUUAAAGGACGAUGAAUUAUUACAUGGAUCUGAUUAUUUGAAUGAACUGUUCGUCAGCAUUCCUAUUUGCAAUUUGUUGCUUUCCGUGUCUGAAACAACAAUGUCUAAGAAUGUGGUGAGAAAGGCGGAAUACUUAUUGGAUAGUUUUAUAUCUAAAGACUCUAGAAUUACUGAAUCUUUAGUGGACUGUUUUGGGGAAAGCUAUAUUCAAGCAUAUGAGAGAAAGAGAAGUGGCUCACUGAAAUCAGAUUCUGAAAAAGGGAAGAGGUUAGCGGAAGAACGUAAAAAGAAAGUUAUGAAAAAGUUUGCAAAACAGCGUGAAAACUUCUUGGCCAAAAACGUCGAAUUUGCUUCCAAAGAAAGUUCAGAGGAAGUAAUUGAAACUAGCAAAGAUACAAGGAUUGAAUAUCGUACGUGCGUUCUUUGUGGUGAAGCAGAAUCAACCGAUGAUUUGUUUGGAUUGUUAGUAAGUGUAACUACCUGCUCAACUUUCUGGAAAUUACCGGAAAAUAAUACUCCGUAUUUCUCAUUGGCAUUCCAAAGUUGGAAUGAUCAAGCUUCACCUAGUAAUAAUGGCAUAUAUGGUGAUGGUUUUGAAUAUUAUAAUUCUGAAUUACAAGAACGAAAUAGAAGCCUUGAGGGUAGAGUUACAUCCACGUGCGGUCAUGGGAUGCAUUAUAACUGUUACAAAUCUUCAGCAAAUAAUUUGAAAUAUUACCCUUGUCCCUUAUGUCGCAACCUUUGUAAUCUUUUUGUCCCAAGUUUCCUUCUGCAAAACAAUGGGGGUGGUCUCAAUGAUAGUGGUGUUAUCUCUGACCCACCAAUUAAUAAUAGGUAUAACCAGAUCACUUCGUCAUCUAGUGUAACAAAAUCUGGUGAACUCGUAAAAGGCCUUAUCAAUGAUGAAAUUGUGAAUCAAACAGAUGAUUCAGUCUUGAGAAAGCUUUUUAAACCUAUAGUUGAUGAUUUCUUAUCGGAAAUUAAAGCUAAUCACCCUCCAGUUAGUUCAAACAAAAAGAAAGAUUAUUUUGAUGAAUUACAAACUUCCUCGCUUUUAAUAGCAAAUACCAUUCGUAUGAAUGAAAUUGCAACAAGAAUUGGGGGUAAUAGCAGUUAUUCUAAUUUUUUGAACGAAAUUCCUUCCUCGUCAAAAACUUUAAUAAAAUCCUUGAUUCAAUGCAGAGCCAUUUUGUUUGAAAAUAGAAAGCUUCCAUUUUUGUUAAACUCAGAUGCUGAUUUGUCAUUCGAGUAUCAAGAUUUUUGGAAUUCUGAUAAAAUACUUGAUAGUGUGUUUAACGAAGUUGUUGUGUUGUUUUUUCAAACUGAUGAAUCUUUAAACACGCUUGCAAGAUUGGGAUAUACUAAGUUAUUCACUAUAUGUACAUAUUCAUUGUUGCGCAUGGUUAACAAAGAUAUUAAAUAUUAUCAUAUACUUCGUGCACAUCAUCAGUCUAAACUAGGAUCGAAUGAAGUGGACAAUAUGCAAACAAUUCUUGAAUCAUACGAAAAUCAGAUUGAUAUAUCACUUUUCAAUGCUGAAACAACAUCUUUGAUUAAUGUUCUAUGGUUUGGUAUUGAAAAAUGUAUGUUACCAUUUUUGAGACAAAUUACUAUCUUCCAGGAUUUGCUAACAUCCUUCAAUAGAGGAGAUAAUGUUCACGAUAGUCACCCUAAUUUUUCUGAUAUUGAAAACAAAAUACAAGGUCAGUCAUAUCUUGACUCAUCUGAUGUAUUGUGCCAAAAACUAAAUUUGCCUACCAUGAAAGAGUUGGUGCAAGGUAUUGCUACAAAUGAAGACCGAUUCAAUUUUGAGUGCAAAAUAUUUGAUAUUGUCUUAAAUGCAAAAAUUCCACAUUAUAUGGACAGUGGAAUACUUGCUCUCGAUUAUCCUGGGGUUGUCAAAUUGAUUGACUUGCCUAAUGAUUACAAUCUGUGUAUUAUUGAAUACAAUGAUAAUUCUACAAAAGGAAUUUUUGAUUAUAUUGUCUGUUUGAGUUGUGGUAAAAAGAUUAAGGCUUCCAAGCAUUUCACACACAUGACAAGUUGUUGCAGUUUCACUGCUAUUUACUUCCAUCCUAGAACGAACAACCUCAAACUUGCAACACAUAUUGGAACUAGUCCGAUAUUUAUCACUGUUCCAGCGCCCUACCUUACAAAGCAUGGUGAAGUAAAAAGACCUAGAAAUUCUGGCAAGGCUUACUUGAAUAAUCUCAGGUAUCAAUAUUUAAAUAAGCUUUGGUUAAAUCAAGGUUUGUAUGGAUUUAUUACUAGAAGUAUAUUCGGGUCUAGGCUUCAGCAAAAUAUGGGUGAUACGAUCAACAUAGGUAUCAGUGAAGAUGAAGAGGACAUUGAUGAAGAUGAGGAUGAUGGUACGUUUUUGCGUCCUGCAACUGAUGAAGACCGUGCAUGGUGA